GGCCGCGGCGACAGCGGCGGCACGGGGUGAAAUUUCUGGAAGGUGCGGCCGGAGCGGGGCCAGGAUCGGGAUCAGGGUCGGGCCGGGGGUGACGGGCGGUGACGGCCCCCAGCGCCGCCAGUAUGAAUCACAAGAGCAAGAAGCGGAUCCGGGAGGCGAAGCGCAGCGCCCGGCCCGAGCUGAAGGACUCGCUGGACUGGACCCGUCACAACUACUGCGAGACCUUUCCUCUCAGCCCCACCGCCUGCAAGGAUAACGUGGAGAGGGCAGAUGCACUCCAGUUAACAGUGGAGGAAUUUGUUGAGCGUUACGAAAAGCCUUACAAGCCCGUGGUGUUGCUGAAUGCUCAGGUGGGCUGGUCUGCCCAGGAGAAGUGGACGCUGGAGCGGCUCAAACGCAAGUACAGGAACCAGAAGUUCAAAUGCGGGGAGGACAAUGACGGUUACUCUGUGAAGAUGAAGAUGAAAUAUUAUAUAGAGUACAUGGAAACCACACGGGAUGACAGCCCCCUCUACAUCUUUGACAGCAGCUAUGGAGAGCAUCCCAAGCGAAGGAAACUCCUGGAGGACUACAAAGUCCCCAAAUUCUUCACUGAUGAUCUCUUUCAGUACGCAGGGGAGAAACGACGGCCACCCUACAGAUGGUUUGUGAUGGGCCCACCUCGUUCUGGAACAGGAAUUCACAUCGAUCCCUUGGGAACUAGUGCAUGGAAUGCCUUAGUCCAGGGACAUAAGCGUUGGUGCCUGUUCCCAACCAGCACUCCCAGAGAGCUGAUCAAAGUGACACGGGAAGAGGGAGGGAACCAGCAGGACGAGGCCAUCACCUGGUUCAAUGUCAUCUAUCCCCGGACGCAGCUUCCCACCUGGCCCCCCGAGUUCAAACCCCUGGAAGUCUUACAGAAGCCAGGAGAGACAGUCUUUGUGCCAGGUGGCUGGUGGCACGUAGUCCUCAAUCUUGACACGACUAUUGCCAUCACACAAAACUUUGCCAGCUGUACCAACUUCCCAGUGGUGUGGCACAAGACAGUAAGAGGGAGGCCCAAACUGUCACGGAAAUGGUACAGGAUUCUAAAGCAGGAACAUCCUGACUUGGCAGCCUUGGCUGAUUCAGUUGACCUGCAGGAAUCUACUGGUAUUGCUUCUGACAGUUCUAGUGAUUCUUCCAGUUCCUCAAGUUCCAGCUCCUCAGACUCUGAUUCAGAGUGUGACUCUGGCUCCGAGACAGAGGGGAUGAUGCACCGGAGGAAAAAGCGGAGGACCUGCGGAAUGAUGGGGAACGGGGACACAACUUCCCAGGAUGACUGCGUGAGCAAAGAACGCAGCUCCUCCAGGAUUAGGGAAUCCUGUGGAGGCCGCAGCUACCCCUGAGGGAUAACACCACCUGCCCAGAGGCAGCUGCCGAUCGAAGCUCCGUUAGCAGCCAGCCAGCUCUGUUCUACCCCCUUCUGCUUCUAUUUCUCACACUCCUUAAGUUUUUGUCACUCUUCCUCGAUCCAGACAUCUUCGUUACGUGCUGUCCAAGGUUGGCUCCUGAAUAACCUGUAGGGGAAUGCCCCAACUACGUCCUUUGUGCAAUGCUUUGUCCCCUCUGCGCCCCGGGUGAGUGCACUAAAACCCAGCUGUGGGUAAGGACAUGCCAAGUAUUUAAAGGGUCACGGAACUGGCAAGGAAGACAACGGUCAGUUUUUAAAGAAGUCUUUCUAAAACCAGCAGGUAAAUGUAAAAACCUGCCUUGCUUUGACACUGUCAUAUGUUUACAUGUUGUCCUGUACACUUGAGGAAAGGAACACCAGCCCUUUUGGCCUAUCGGAACGUCCGGCGGAUCUCACACCAGAAUUUCAGGAGGAGCAAGGAAGAAACGAGCUUCUGCAAGAACUGAGCUGUGGAAAAUGGGUCCUUGAAUCUUACCCUGCUGCAGGAGAACACUGCUGUCGGGGCUGGAGCUUCCAAGUGUGUGUCUCAUAGAAUCCUGGAAUACGGGCACUUGGAAAGAACCCAUGAGGAUCCUCGAGGCCAAUUCCUGGCGCUGCACAGAAACCAAGAACCCCACCCUGUGCCCAAAAGCAUUGUCCAAACACUUCUUGAACUCAGACCAUUGCCCUGGGGAGCCUGUUCAGUGCUCAGCCACCCUCUGGGUGAAAAACCUUUCUGUGAUAUCCAACCUAAACCUGCCCUGACUCAGCUCCAGCCAUUUCCCUGAGUCCUGUCAUUGGAUCAGUACCUGCCCCUCUGCUGUCCCUCAGGAGGAUGCUGAAAACUCAAAUGAGGUCUGACCUCAGUCUCCUUCAGGCUGAACAGACCAAGUGCCCUCAGCCACUCCUCAUACAGCUUCCCCUCCAGACCCUUCACCAUCCUCAUGGCAUCCUUUGGAUGCUUUCCAAUGGCUUAAUGUCUGUUAUAUGUUGUGGUUCCCAAAACUGCCCCCAGCACUCAAGGUGAGGCUACCCUAGUGCAGAGCAGAGCAGGACAAUCCCCUCCCUUGCCCAGCUGGCAAUGCUGUGCCUGAUGCCCCUCAGGACACAGUUGGCCCUCCAAGCUCCAGGGCGCUUGUGACUCAGAUCCAGCUUGCCACCACCCAGGACCCCAGCUCUCUUUCCACAGCUCUGCUCUCCAGCCUCUUGUUCCCCAGUUUAUCCACACAACCAGGAGUACCCUGUCCCCAGUGCAGAAUCCAGUCCUUGCCCGUGUUAAGCCCCACACAGUUGGUGAUUGCUCACCUAAUUUGUUGAGGCCUCUCUACCCUCAAGGGAGUUGACAGCUCCUCCCAAUUUAGUGUUGUCAGCAAACUUCAUAUUCCUUCCAGUCCCGUGUCCAAGUUGUUAAUGAGGAUCUUGAAGAGCACAGGGAUGAGGAUGGAGCCCUGCAGAACCCCACUAGUGACCAGUGCCAGCUUGGUGUCACCCCCAUCACUGUCACCCUUUGUGUCCAGCCUGUAGGCCAGUUGCUCACCCACCCUGUAACACGGUUAACCAGCUGUGGGCUUGACAGUUUGUCCAGAAGGUCUUUGGGAGAGACAGUAUCCAAAGCUUUGCUGAAGUCCAAAAGGUGACAUCUACUGGCUUUCCUAGAUCAGCAAGGUGGGUCACCCUGUCACAGAAGGAGAUCAGAUUCAACAAGCAGGACUUUCCCCUCAUGAAGCUGUGCUGGCUGGGACUGAUGUCUGCAUUGUCCUCCAGGUGUUUUUCAGUACUUCCCAGAAUAAUCUCUUCCAUGAUUUGGCUGGGCACUGAAGUGAGACUGACAGGCCUGUGGUUUCCAGGGUCCUCCUCCUUGAAAAUUGGGACAACAUUCACCAGCUUCCAGUCAGCUGGGACCCCUCUGGAUUCCCGAGACUGCUCAAAAAUCAUUGAGAGGUUUUGCAAUGACAUCAGCAGCAUCUUGGGGAUUCUCAGAUGAAUCCCAUGAGGCCCCAUGAAUUUGUAGGAGCAGAUCCUGCACAAGUUUGGGGUCGACUGGGAGUUGAACAUUCUCACAGUCACAGUCCUCCAGCUCUGGGCACUGAGACCCCCUUGGUCCAUCAUCUGUGCUGAAGACAGAGGCAAAGGAACGUUAAACGCCUCUGCCAUGUCCAUGUCCCUGUUUGUGAGGUGACCAUCCUCAUCCUGGAAUGGGCCAGUGUUAUUUCUAAUUUGCCUUUUGCCAUUAAUAUAUUUGAAAAAACUCUUUUUUUAUUGUCCUCCAUGGUUCUGGCUGGUUUAAUCUGCAGUUGAGCUUUGGCCACGUGAAUUUUCUCCCUACAGUGGCAGCAGCAUUUCUGUGCUCUUCCCAUGUCACCUGACCUUGCUUCCACUGGGUGAACACCUUCCUUUUUCAUCAUGUUUCCAAGAGAAGAUCCCUGUUCAGCCAAGGAAGGGAAGGUGGUGUGAAUGCCCCAAGCACUGAAGCAACUUCAGCAGAGGUGACCACCAACCUAAAGCAUCUUUCCUGGUCUUAAUCUGCGUGCUCCAUGCACACACCUGAAGUGCAACACCUGAGCCAGCAGCAGUCCAUCUACUUCACUGUGUCUGUCACAGUGACAGGUAACAAAGCUGCACUAGCACCUUGUGAUGGGAAGCUCGACGGAGCAGGGGAAUCCUGGAGUUUCUUGCAUGGAAAAAACUGGGUGGGGGGAGGGGGGGAAGUCAGCAUUUGCCAGCAAUUCCAGUCCUUCAGGUGCAGGUGUGAUGUUUAGCACAAGGCAACUGCUGACAAAGUCUGACUCUGGCACGAUCACAUUUGCUGGGCUUGAAACACCAAACAGUUCCGAGGCCGUGGGCUUGCUCAGGCCGGUGCAGUUCACAUCCCUAAACGGCUUUUCUUUGAGAUUGUGGCUUCAGAUGUUGCUGAAAGUUGCAGUGCCAAUUUUAAAGGACUGAGGGGGGGGACAUAUUGUUGUUUUAUGCUUUUUAAAAAUGCAAUGUGUUGCUUAAGUCUGUGUAGAUGCAUUUGUGUUAUGCCAGGUAAAGCUCUUGUCCCCAAGGGAUCUGUUGGAGCUGCUGGCCUGUUUUAUUAGCAGGAGCUUGUGCUAGUGGUGUCAGUGGUGUCUCUGUGUGGCUGAAGGUGCUGCCAGGAAAUCUGAACUUCCCAUGGGCUGCUUCCAUGGGUGCUCUUCUGAGCCCUAGGAGGUGGAUACAGAACUCACUUCAGCCGUUCUCUGGGAGAGGAGACUUGACAGCAGAAUUGCUGUGCAUGUAGUAAACACACAGCAAUGCCCAGGCACUGCUGAAACAGCAAAUUAAAAAGAGGUUGAAGCCUCAACUGUGACUUUAUUAAACGUGUUGGGUUUGGUGGAACCUGGAGCGUUGCUUUUCUGGAUUCUCUGAUCCAUUUUUAACCUUGUCUCUUCCCUAUUUAAACACUCCUAGGCCAUAUCCUUUUGUACAAAGGAAUCCUAAAUAUGUUUGUCAGGAUCUCUGUUUUUGACUUUUCUGUGCCAGUCAGUUUGUGUAGGAGCAGUGUGGUGGUGGGGAAACGGAGAGGGAAGGUUUACUGAUACAUUCUUUAGCUGUCCAGACUUCUGAAUUUCCUGUGAUAGAUAGCCAAGCAUAAGCAAGCACACUUGCUCUGUAGCCGCUGCAAAUUCUUCCACAAGAUUACUUAAAAAAAGCCUCUAACUUCUCCAGCUCCUGGCAUUUCUGGCCGAGGCUGAACAGCCUGGGAGCCUGCACAGUCUGUGUGUGUGUCCUCUCAGAGCAGGCUGCAGCUGCUGCCUUUUGGAAGAAUGGAGAGGCAAAGGCUCACAAGACUCAGCUCUGUCAGGGUGAGGGGAGUCCGUGGACAGCUGUCCCUGCCCUCUCUGGUGGCUGGGCAGCACCUCAGUGAGAUGCAGCUGCAUUUGGCACAGUCUUAAAAUCUAAUGUGAAAGCCUGAUUGCUGUGCUGGGAAAGCCACACCUCUGCCUCUAGAAGCACAGUGGGAAGAUUCAGUGUGCAGAGCAUUCUUCCAUGCCUGUGAACUCUUCCAUGGUGUGAAAUAAAGCAAUUCCAGGUGAAGCCUGUGUUGGUGUGACACCCCUCACAGAAAAGCAGCUUGUUUACAAUGGACUGCAGAUGGCAUGAUAGCAGCAACCCUCUCCUGACUGCUCCACAGGGCACUUCCUGCUGUGAAACAGUGUCUGUUCAGGCUGCCUGGGAAUCAGGACUCUGGGAUCUCCAGUUCUUCCACUUAGGGCUUUUGCCUCAGCCACUUUGGUGAGUCUUUGUUUGAGCAGUGAGGAAAAUCCCUACCUCGCAGGGCUGUUGUGAGGCUGAACUCUAACUGCUGUGUAAGAUGCUUUGAAGCCAUCCACCCACAAAAAGUGUUCCAUUCAUCCUGAGCAACCUGAGACUUCCGAGCCUGGUGGGAGCUUUUUGUAGCAGAAAACAUUGGGGAUGUUGUCCAACACUCUUGGCCACAUGGUGUUCUGUGGUGGCCCUUCCAGAACUGCUGUGUGGUACAUAAAUUGUAGCAGAACAAGACUUUCUGUUUUCACCAGGGUUGAACUGUUGCUGUUCCAUGGCCUGCUCUAAACAGGAGGUCCUGCUAGAGCAGGAUCUGUUUCUAAAAAGGUCUAGAUGCAAUUCUCUCAUCAGGGAGUCAGCUUCACUGAUCUUACAGGAAUGGGGGGAGCUGGUGCUUCCCAGGCCCUCAUUCCAGGCUGGGUGAGUGAGGAACAGUUAAAAACUGUGCUCCCUUUGUGCCUAGCUCCGUGCUUGUGGGAAGCUGGCUGGGGAGAGCGGGCUCUGUGCUCUCAUUUCUCCAGGCUUGUGCUUCAUGUCUCUUGUUCCAACCCCACUGCUUUUGUACUCUGGAGGCCCUGGGUGCAGCAGGUCCAGCACCCCGUGAGCCCCUCAUUUCCUUGAGCCCCAGAGCAGCAGCACAGCUUUGCCUCAGCCCCCUGGGGCUUUGGGGGCUGCCCUGUUCCCCAGGGAUGGGCAGAGAGCCUCAGGCUGGGUGUCACUGUCACAAUCCUGCCUGCUCUGGGAAAGGUGAUGGGAUUUGGGAGCUCUGGCUGUGCUUUAGAGCCUGGUAAUGGACACAGGCUGUGAGAGUUCAGGAGGAAAUGACCCAGCACUCUGUCAGAACCGCAGAUGUGGACAAGAGGCACCAGUCCUAGCACCUGUUCCCUGCACAAGUGGUGUGGGAGCAGGUGACACCGAGGAGCCUCUGGCAGACCUUCCCUUCCCAGCUCGUGUGCGCUGGCUCCGAUUUGUCUCCUCAGUUACAUCAAACCUCUCCAAAUGCUUCAAGGAAAGACUACAACCUCUUUCAUAGUUAACCUCUGCUCUCCUCCCUGAGUCCCCAGCCAUGGUGGGCUGGGAAAUGAGACUGUUGGCUGAAUCCAAUCUGAAAUGCCUGUGUGGGCACAUUGUAACGGGAGUUUUUUGGCAUCCUCCUUGCAAAGGCGGGGAAGGAAAGUGCUACCCGUUCAUGUGACAGUCCCACUGUCAGCUCCAAGCCCUGCCACUGCCCUUAGCUGCUUUUAUCACCCAUCCAGCAGAGCUGGGAUACUUGUCUUGUUCGGAUGAUUGUGGUUUUGCUUUUUAUUUUAAAUAAAAUCAAUUAUUUUGCAUUA